CAACUAGAAGCUGGUGGAUGGGAUUGAAUGACCAACAAUCAGAAGGAUAUUGGAAAUGGACAGACACAAGUGCUCCUGCAAAUUUUAUUAAAUGGAAUCAAGGUCAACCUGACGGUAGUACAAAGCAGAAUUGCGUUGUAUACAGCAUCCAUCAAGCCAAUCGUUGGCAUGACGCAGACUGUCACACAAAAUAUUCAGUUAUUUGCAAACAAGAGAUGGCAAAGAAAGCCAAAAUAAACCAAGGUUACUGAUCAUUGUGAAUAGAUCUUAAGUCACCAAGAGACCAGCAUCAAUUUUACUUAGUGUAUAAAUAGUUGAACUGUAUCUAGCGGAACAUUUUAUGUUUUAAACCCCCGGUAACUGUUCAUUUUUAUUAUAUUAAAUAGUGAUCUUUAAAGUUUUAUCAACAUCAUAUGAAUGAUGCUAACAACAUUGUACUAUAGUUUUAAUGUUUUAUCAUUAAAGAAAUAGCAUAUAACCAAGUAUCUCUCUUAUCUUAAAAAGGGGCCUAUAUACCAUGUAUGUAUUACAUGGGCAAAUUCAGUACUUAGCUUUACAUGUACAUAUACAUGUUGCAAAUAAUAAAAAUACUAAAUUUUACAGAAUUUCUUCAGUUUCCAAGGAGAUCAAUAUAACAAGAGCGACAUAUUGCUUAGGUGGCUUAUAAUAAUUAUUAUCAUUGCAAGAUAAUAAAACAAAAAACUUGGAAAUGACAGACUGCUUGUUUAAAAAUGAAAACAAUCCUGUAAAUCAGUGGACUUCAUAUAUCUGCAGCCAUGUUGUUUUAUCACUAUAUUCUUUUCUGGUGUUUAUAGAUUCAUACAAACUGACUAAAUGGAUGUGUAAUGGAUACUCUGAGAUAAUACCUAGCUACAAGUUAAGCUGGUACAGACUCAAUUAAACCGAGUAGGCAAUUUUCAUGUAAUUUUGCUGUUUUUAAUGAUUCCGAGGGAUCACUUUUUCCAUAUAUAUUUACACAAAGGAACACAAUCAUGGUUUUGUUAAGUUUAUACAAUUUUAUAUUAGUUCGAUUGUGUUGGAAGCUAUAACCUUUUUGAAACACUCUCGAAUCCGUUCAUGGAGCCAGCCAGUUCUAAACAAUGAAUGUAACGUUUCUUGGUUAAUGAAACAACAGCUUGCCCCUGCCAGGGUUUGAACCCACGCGGUCGACAAUCUUUAGAUUACUAGUCCGACGACGUGUUAACCAUUCCGCCACGCAACCAUUAUGGUUUUGUUUGUGACACUGUUUGUGGGCAAUUGACAUAGCAAUGAACAGAAAAAAGCAGGGCUUACUUUUUCACAGCUAAAUUUGGAAAGUUCCAUAUUGCAUGAAUUAGAUAAGAAGGAAAAUGUAAAAUGAAUUCUGCUCAGUCAUCACAAACAUAGUAUGUAAUGUCAUUUUAAACUUAAGAAUAAAAAACUGUCGUGCUUCGUGAACAGAUAUUUAAAAUCAUUCGCUUUUCUCACCAUGUAAUAAAUUGAUACUAAAUAAGAAAUAAAAGUAUUUAACGAA